CCCAAUCCCAAUCUCAAUCUCUCCGUCCUCCGUGUCAAAGUGUCAAAAUCAGUCAGUUUAGGACUUAGGUUUAGUUAGUUUUGGAGAAGUUAUAGGUUAUCGACAUCUGACCCCAAAUGGUGAUUCAAGUUCCUUCGUGUAAUGAUUCGUCUAUUCACUAAGGUGACCCCGUGAACAAUUCUGGCAUAGUCGUUUAACCAGAGAUUUUCCCCUAAAGUGGAAUCAGGGAAGUGUAAAAAUUGACGUGGUGUGGGGUUGGGCCUCUCCCCCUCUGCGUCUACACAACCGCAGCAGGAUGGGAGAGAUGAUGCCGGAUCGUGACAGAGACAGAGACCGAGCACCAAGCCCGGCCAGACUGGCGCACACAUCAGAGAAACAUCCUCGGGGCACUUUGACGGAACUGAACGUGCUUCGUCGCCACAGAGAGCUGUGUGAUGUUGUUCUUAACGUGGGCGCACGCAAGAUAUUCGCUCAUAGAGUGAUUCUGUCAGCGUGUAGCCCUUACUUCCGAGCGAUGUUCACCGGGGAGUUAGCCGAGUCCCGGCAGACAGAAGUGACGAUUAGAGACAUUGACGAGGUCGCUAUGGAGCUGCUCAUUGACUUCUGCUACACCUCGCAAAUUGUUGUAGAAGAGGCCAAUGUGCAGACACUGCUACCAGCCGCCUGUCUUCUCCAGCUAGCAGAGAUACAAGAUAUUUGCUGUGAGUUUCUCAAGCGACAGCUGGACCCGUCCAACUGCCUCGGGAUACGAGCGUUCGCAGACACACACUCAUGUCGGGAACUGCUGAGGAUUGCCGACAAGUUCACGCAGCACAACUUCCAAGAGGUGAUGGAAAGUGAAGAGUUCCUGUUGCUGCCCGUCGGACAGCUAGUGGACAUAAUCUCUAGUGACGAGCUCAACGUCAGAUCCGAGGAGCAAGUAUUCAGCGCAGUCAUGAACUGGGUCAAGUACAACGUGUCUGAAAGGAGGCAGCAUCUUGCACAGGUACUUCAGCAUGUGAGGCUUCCCCUGCUGAGUCCCAAGUUCCUGGUAGGCACAGUAGGAUCAGACUUGCUGGUUCGCAGUGACGAGGCUUGUAGAGACUUGGUGGACGAGGCUAAGAACUACCUGCUGUUGCCUCAGGAGAGGCCACUCAUGCAGGGCCCUCGCACUCGGCCUAGGAAACCCACGCGGCGUGGAGAAGUACUCUUUGCCGUGGGCGGAUGGUGCAGUGGAGAUGCCAUAGCCAGUGUUGAGAGGUUCGAUCCUCAGACCGUGGACUGGAAGAUGGUUGCGCCCAUGAGCAAGAGACGCUGUGGCGUUGGCGUAGCUGUGCUUAACGAUCUGCUGUACGCAGUGGGAGGUCACGACGGACAGUCAUAUCUCAACAGCAUUGAGAGGUAUGAUCCUCAGACUAACCAGUGGUCGUGUGACGUCGCCCCGACCACCUCCUGUCGCACCAGUGUCGGUGUCGCAGUACUGGACGGCUAUCUGUACGCUGUGGGAGGGCAAGAUGGCGUCCAGUGUCUCAAUCAUGUAGAGAGGUAUGACCCGAAGGACAACAAGUGGGGUAAGGUGGCGCCAAUGACCACUCGUAGACUCGGGGUUGCUGUGGCCGUCCUCGGAGGAUAUCUCUACGCUAUCGGAGGAUCUGAUGGCCAAUGUCCACUCAAUACAGUGGAGAGGUACGAUCCUAGACAGAACAAAUGGACGCCCAUGUCCCCGAUGUCGACCCGUCGUAAACACCUCGGCUGCGCAGUGUUCAACAACCUGAUCUAUGCAGUGGGUGGCCGAGACGACUGUAUGGAGCUGUCCAGUGCAGAGAGAUACAACCCUCACACCAACACAUGGUCUCCCAUCGUGGCCAUGACCUCACGUCGUAGUGGGGUUGGCCUAGCAGUAGUGAACGGACAGCUGUACGCCGUGGGAGGAUUUGACGGGACAGCUUAUUUGAAGACCAUCGAGGUGUAUGACCCCGAGCAGAACCAGUGGCGUCUCUGUGGAGCUAUGAACUACCGCAGGCUUGGUGGGGGUGUGGGCGUCAUGAGAGCCCCGCAGACAGAGAACUACUUCUGGUGAUGCUUCUGUGAUGGCCGAGAGCCAACUAGCUUCCUGUGGUAACAAACUGCGUAAUUUAUCUGUGUAAAUUGUAAAUUCUCUCGUUAAUUCCAUAAUUGUAUAGUAGUGAUUUUAAUUAAAGCUACUCGCAAUCCUAAGAAUUGUUUAUGGCAGCUCAGAGAUAAUGGAUUUUGUUUUUAUUUAUGUGUCUGUAUAAGGUAUUAGAGCUGUAAUAUAUGUCUGUAAUUGUUA